AGGAGCCAAACUUUGCUUUCGGGUAUCUAACAAUUGCGUGGCGUCAUUUGUUAUUAUGAUAUAAUAAUGGUAAUAUUGAGAUUAGUGGAUAGAGCGCAAUGUUGUGUAGGCUAUGAAGUCUAUUCUUAGAUCGUUGUUUAUGCUGUGGGUAGCCACAACUUGCUUCCAAGCUUCUAACAAUUGCGUGACGUCAUUUGUCAUUGUAAAAUAACAGCAAUAUUGAGAUUAGUGGGUAGAGUGUAAUGCCGGGAAGAAUAUGAAGUCGAUGGUUUUAUUCUCGUCCUAACCAGUGCCCAGCGAUUAAUGGCGGUUUAUUCUGAGGUUACAACUUACAAUACAGAAAAACAAUGGAUGGUGCUGUUUGAAAAUUUGCAUUCUUGGCAGGGUGUAUAUACAUUUACAUCUGAAAAUGUUUGAAUAGAAUAUUAUGAAUUGACUAUCAUGGAACUUUAUAAAAUUAUUAAAGGUAUUAAAUAACAAUGCUUAGCAGUAAUGAAGAAAGUGUGGCACAUGGUAACAUAUGUGUUGCCAAUAUUAAAGAAGAGCCAGUUGACAACAUUGACUGGAUUAUUGAAGAAAAUAUUCAUUCUGAUGAGGAGGAUGACAGUUCUUCCCAUGUGAAUGACAAACAAGAAAUAGUCGUGAAGAAGGAACUGGAUGAAACAGUAGUUACCCAGUUACCAGACAGUCCUCCAUGUAAAUUGAAACGUAAAUGUGUAUCAAAACAGAAUGAAAACCUAUCCAAAGUACUUCGUUUUAAUUCUCAUGUUUCAUCUUUUAAAGAGAAUGCUCUGUCAAAACAAUGCAGUGAAGAAACAGCAUCUGACAGAGUUACUCAGAACAGUAUUAAAAUAGAGCAGAAUGUUUCAAAGGAUGUUUUGGAAGGUAAUAACUGUGGCAUAAAAAUCAAAGAGGAGCCCAGUGAGGUAAAUGACAGCACUUGUCAUAAUAGUGAUGGUUUUCAUUUACAGAGUUAUCCCGAGCACGAUUUAUUCAACUUUGUUGGUGGAAAUGCAUCUUUACGUGUACCCAUAAGAACAUCAAACAGUAGUGAAUUGCUGACAAAUGACAGAAAGAAUUCAAAUUCAACAUUAAGGAAUAUGCUGAUGAGUGUUCCAAUUGUGGAAAUUAAUUCUUCUACAUCAAUAGAAUAUCAGGCUAAUAAUUCAAAGCCACAAAGAACGUUUAGCAAUAAGGCAUGGUUGCCACGGUUAACAGAAUUAAUCAAGUCUAAACCAAAGAUUUCUUAUAAUAGUGAAGAUGUUGAAGGUUGUUCACAAGUAUCGAGCAACGUUCCUGUAGGGAUGAACACAAAAUAUGAUCAGUUGUUAAACGAUCUUGUUUGCAGACCCACCUCCAAGAGGUCGGGAAUUGACGACAACCAGGAAACUAAUCCAAAAUUGCUGACAACACAGACUUUGUCUUCACUGCUGGCCAACAAGACAGAUCAUUUGAAACCAACUAUGAAUGAACCUCUUUACGACCAGCAUUUUGACUGUGAGGAGUGUGACAAGAGUUUUGGGACAUUUCCCUCGCUUGUCGCUCACAAGAAGUAUCACAGAAUGAGACAGAAGCUAGUUUGUACAACUUGUCAGAAAGAGUUCACUGUUAGGCGUGAGUAUGAACGACAUCAGAAAAAGCACAGCGAACCUGUGGAACUUGUAUGUCCUGUGUGUGAUAAGAGUUUUAGUGUUGUCGGAGCACUCAAGAGACAUAUGUUGAUUCAUGGACAACAACCAACCAGAGAAGAUAAGUUUUAUGCAGAUGACUUAUAUGGUGAAGGCCUCGAAAAGUGUAUUAUUUGUGAAGAGAAAUUUUCUAAAUAUUACAUCAAACAUCACAUGAAAAUUCAUUCCACUGAUCGGCCAUACAUGUGUAAAAGAUGUGGAAAGACAUUCGCCCACAAGCAGAGUCUGGUGGCCCAUAAGCUUAAACACAAACGGGAAAUGAUGGUGUGGAAUUGCGAGAUUUGUGAUCGGAUAUUUGACUAUGAGUACCUAUUGAAGCGUCACAUGAAACUUCACACAAAGUAUAAAUGUGACAAGUGUGACAAAACACUGAGAAACAGAGCCAGCUAUUUAUCACACUGGCGCACACAUAACAAUUCUUCUUAUUGUUGUGUUGUCUGUAAACGGACAUAUUCAAGGUACAGUGCAUAUUUUAGUCACUACCAAAGUCAUAACAAUGUAGACCAUUUGCCCUUGCCAGAGAAUACUGGAAAUAUAACUAGUGAAUCAUCUUCUCAAACAGAUCCAGGAAAUGAUGACAAUUUGACUGCUGUUGACAAAUCUGAGGAUGAAAUGGUAGACAAUCAAGAAUUGACUGCUGAGAACAGUGUGGAGAAUGAUCCUCUGACUGAGGUCACGGAUGAUAAAUCUCAUGAAUCACUGGGCACAAGUCAGCCUGACGUAGACAGCAGAAGGAAUGAUUUUAUUCCCAUUCCCAACUGCAACUCCAAAAAGUAUCAGACGCCCCACACAUGCCACAUCUGUGGGUGGGA